UUUAGCUCUCCGCCGAUUCAAGUCCCUUCUCUCCCACUCUCUCAUAUCUUCCAUUCUCUCUAAAGCUUCUUCUUCUCACCUGUAAGUCCAUCCUCACCUUUAACACAAAUACACAAACACACAUACAUAUAUGCAUGAGUCUCAUAUAUAGAUGUAUAUAGCUUUAUUUCAGCUUUUUGGUCAGUUGUAAUUUUUAACAGUGUAACAAUCCACCAAUAUCUUGACUCCCAAUUUUCCCACCUAGGGUUUAUCAAUGUUUCAAUAUAUAUACAUAUAUAGUUAAAGUAGUUACUUGUGCAUACUGUAGUGCGAGCAAUUGGAGAUGGAUCGAACUUGUAUUUCAGAUUUGUAGUAACUACAGCUUUAGCUAUGCCUUUUUGCUUCAAAAUUUAGCAACAAUCCUUGUUUGAUCUGUUAGCUAUAGACACCAAACUCAAAACUCCAAUGAAGCGCUCUGUCAGGCCGCUUUUCAGCGUAUUGAUUCUCGUUGUAAUGGCGGCGACUCUCAGCUGCCGAGUCGCCAUCCGUCGGCGAUUCGGCCUUGUUCGCCCCGAAAACAGCGGCGUUUUGGCGGUGGCGCCGGUGUUGAAUGCCACGCUGCUGAAAUUUGCCGCUGUUGAUUUGGGGGAAACGCGAGUGAAGCAAGAAAUUGAGCAGUUGUUGGAGGGGAAUUUUGGGAAUCAGGGUCGGAACCGGCCAACCCUGUCGUCGGGAAGGUACAAUCGUCCCGAAAUUCGGCUGAGAUCGUCGAGAGGCUUACCAAUUCAGCUUCGGUUGCCGAAAUUUCACCGGUUAUUGUUGGAUUUUAGGAGGAAUUUGCAUAAUUGGUGGCGGAACAAAGGAUUCCAAUCAGAUAUAAUGUUGGAAUUAGUCAGUCAAGUGAGGGUUCCGAUUGAUCGGCAUAAUGGGUUGGUGCGUUUGGAGAGACGGUAUUUGUCUUGUGCUGUAGUGGGGAAUAGUGGGAUUUUGUUAAAGAGUGACUAUGGUGAGUUGAUUGAUAGCCAUGAAAUAGUAAUUCGAUUGAACAAUGCGAGGACCGGUGGUUUUGAGCGCAAUGUGGGUUCGAAAACAAAUAUUUCCUUUGUUAACAGCAAUAUAUUGCAUUUGUGUGCUCGAAGGGAGGGCUGUUUUUGCCAUCCCUAUGGCAGAACUGUUCCAAUUGUCAUGUAUAUUUGCCAACCUGUCCAUUUCUUGGAUUACACACUAUGUAAUUCUUCUCACAGAGCGCCUUUGCUCAUUACUGAUCUCCGGUUUGAUGUGUUGUGCACUCGGAUUGUGAAGUAUUACUCAUUGAAACGGUUCGUGGAGGUUACGAAGAGGCCUGUGGAAGAAUGGGUAUAUGCCCACGAUGGUUCCCUGUUCCAUUACUCUUCGGGUAUGCAAGCUAUUAUGCUUGCUUUGGGAAUUUGUGAUAAAGUUAGUAUAUUUGGAUUUGGGAAAUCAACUUCAGCUAAGCAUCAUUACCAUACAAAUCAGAAGGCUGAGCUUCAUUUACAUGACUACGAAGCAGAGUAUGAUCUUUAUCGUGAUUUGGUUGAGAGUCCACAGGUAAUACCGUUCAUCUCGGACAAGUUCAAGCUUCCUCGUGUGGUAUACUAUCAAUGACACUUCACACAUUGGGAAUUUUAGCUUCUGUGAAAUAUUGUUGAUUGCUUUGUCUGGUUCAAAUUUGUCUGUUCAUGUUGUAAACGUAGUUUCUCAUGAGAUGAAGAAAUUGAGAAACACUGUCAAAGAAUUCUGUUCCAUUUUCAGACCCUGUACUAGAAAAUGUAGUUUGGGGUGUUACUUAGUAAAAUUGAAAUAGAAGAGACUAUUCUUGCA